CAAAACAGCUAAGGAAAAGAACCUCAUAAAUAUCCAAGCCUCCACCAUAAUUCUCCACAACAACAAAGAGACAAAAAAAACUCAAAGAGGAGUCGACAUUAAAGUGUUGUCUUAUCAAAUUAUACCGACAACAGAGAGAGAUAGAGAGAGAUGGCGAAGGCACGUAUCGUGGGAGUGGGGAUGGACUAUUCGCCGACGAGCAAAUCGGCGCUCCGGUGGGCGGCGGAGAAUCUCGUCGACGACGGAGAUCACCUCGUAUUGAUCCACGUUCAACCUCCCAACGCCGGACACACUCGCAAGAUUCUGUUCGAAGACACCGGCUCACCAUUAGUUCCUCUGGAGGAAUUUAGAGAGAUUAAUUUCUCUAAGCAGUACGGGCUUGCUUAUGAUCCUCAGGUUCUUGAUGUUCUUGACACCCUCUCAAGGGCUAAAACGGUGAAGGUGGUGGCGAAGGUGUAUUGGGGAGAUCCACGGGAGAAGCUGUGCGACGCCGUAGAUGAUCUCAACCUCGACUGUAUCGUUCUCGGCAGCCGAGGCUUGGGCCCCAUCAAAAGGAUAUUGAUGGGGAGCGUGAGCAAUUAUGUUGUGACAAAUGCUACAUGUCCAGUCACAGUUGUAAAGGCCAAUUAAAGAUUAUUUCUGGCUUGGUCUCACGUUGCAUUAUAAUAAAUCAUUAUUAAAAAGUUUGUAAUAACGCGUGGAUUUAUUCUAUUCUACUUUUUCGGUUUGAUCCUUUUCAAA